GUUUGUUCUGUGAAUGACAUAUAUACAUAACCUUAUAGUAUAGUAGAGAAGUAAUAAUAAAUUCUUUCAAAUAAGAGAUAAAUUAUGGGAGUUACAAUCUUAACACAAUUUCCCACUGAAAAUAAAACUGGAACUCAAGUUCUCGAAAUGCUUUCCAAAAGAAUUUUAGCAUUGGGUUCUUCUCCACAGGGACAUUUUUUAGUGGAUUGUGAGACUUAUACUUCGGUUCCCCAAUUAGGCCAUCAAAGAACUGUACACGUUUUACACAAUUCGGAACAACCAGCAACAGUGUUUUCUCUACUUGAAACAGGAACCAAAACAAUUCCAUUAGCUACAGACGGUCUGUUUGAUUUAUUAAUGAUGAAAAUGUCCCAUUUUUAUACAUCAAAAAAACUAACCAAAGCUGAAUGUAAGGGUCCAAGAUAUGAAGUAGGAGAUUUUUGUGUGAAACUAGGGACAGUUACAGUGAGCAGUAAUUUCAAAGGUGUUUUAGUUGAAGUUGAAUACAGACCUUGUGUGGUACCUGCAUUGUGUUGGGAUCUAUUGAAAGAGUUCAUACAAGGUUUCUUAGGAUUAUCGGCCCCAUUAAAUCCCCCAAAUUAUUUACAAAACAGGAUGCAAGAUGUAUAUUCACCAAUAGACACUAUACACCAAUAUUUGGAACAUUUUACUGUAUUUAGAAAAUCUUUGGGAGUUAGGCCUUAAUUUUCAUAUUUUGCGAAAAUAUUUGUGGGUUUGUGAUAAAUUAGUUAUUAUCUAAUAUCUUUUUAUAUGUGAAAUUUGAAUAUUGUAUCAAUAUUUAUUUUCUCAACAAAAUGUUAUUUUUAUGAUGAAUUUAAACUAAUAAAUGAAUAAGUAAAUAAGAAUUAUGUAAAAAAACGUUUUUCUGAAGAUUAAUGUAAGAUUGGAUAAGCAAAAAAAAUUCUUUUUUCAUAUAUUUUUGAAAUGUGUCAAUUUGUAUCUGCUCGGUCUGGAAUCAUAAUCAAAGCAAGUUAAUUAAGCGUUUUCGACUUAUCAAAGUCCCACUAGACGACGUAAAUUAGUACUUCCGGUUUUACCAUUAAUUUAAUUUAUUGACUUCAGGUUCUGCUGUUUGAAUUAGAUUUAUGAAUGACACAAAAUGGUAGUUCUUCAUAAAGUGCAAUUUUAUGUUGACGUUCGACGUUUGCUUGGAGCGUCAAAUGAAGUCAUGUGGUAUAAUUUCGACUAGAUCGCCAUUUUAAAUAUAUUCAGCGUCAAAUAUAAGAGCUUCAAAAAGUUAAAAUAUAUCACCUUUGUCGAUAGUAAUAUCGAUUAGAUAAUUAACUAUAGGGAAAUGAACAUGAUUAUUAAAAAAAAAAUAUAUUGAGGACGUCAUUAUACCAAAUAAUAAUCCACAAACCAACGAGAUGAGUAGGUAAAAUGACAUUUUUAAUUCCAUGACCGAAAUGUCCUUAACUUAAUAUUAUAAUUAAUUUUGGAUGUACAAGGCGAUAAAUAAACUCAUAUCAGUUAUUAUAGAUUACAGUCUAAAGUAUCAUAUGAUUAAUUUUGAUAAAUAAGUUAUUUCAAUAUACGGGGUGAAUCAUUUAUAAACCGUGAUAGUUAUUUGUGGUCCCAAUUUCAAACAAAUGAAAAGAGUUGUAACUUUUCUUCUUUUUUAGUGAGAAUUUUUUCAAAAAAUAACUUUUUUUUAACAAUUUAAACGAUCGAGUUUCCAAGACCGGUUCCUCUUUUUAGUUUAAUUGAUUAUAGAAAGUUAAUCAAUAAACAUGUUUCUCUUUGCAGUUUGUUUGGAUUUUUUGAAUUUAUUAUUUUGUGCUCUAUUUUCUAAAUAGCACGUUUAAAUAAACUAUUGUAUGGUAAUUUAAUGAAUUAGAUUGUAAAUAUUUGAAUUAUGUAAAAUUGUUCUUAUCUACGGGGCUUAUCGAGGAUCGUAUGUAAAAUUUUAAAUAGGAAAAUAGUACAGUGAUUUAGAAAGAUAUUUAUAAAAUACAGUUUUAAAACCACAGUUUCAAUAGAUUUUUGCAAUAUUAAGCCAAUUAAUCAACGACUUGCUUAAUUCCAUAUACAAAUACGACGACUUGGAGCUUGUCUUCUAACCUCAAGGUCAUUGGAUAAAUUCCCGAAAAGAAAAUAAAAAUUUUCAAAUUUAUCUACAUUUGUUCCUAAAUUUGAAAAAUUUUAUAACAGAAAAACAUGCCGAAUUGUACAUUUGUUUUGGCUUCAUGUUAACUAUAAUAUUUUCAUAAUAAAAGUUUACAUAAACAACGGAUUAGAAGGGGUUAAAAAAAGUUCAAUUAAAAUUUUGUUUGUCAUUAUAAAAAUAAUCCAAAUAAUCUUUCGAGAUAUAUUGAAACAAAUAGGAACAUUUUCGAAAAACAUGAAGUCAAUUUAUUAAAAAUAAAAUCAGAAAACGGGAAUGCUAGACAAAUAAAUAAAUGAUAAGUUAAAUAUAAACUGUAUAUUCAUGAAAAUAAGAACAAUAAGUAAUUUGUAAUUAUCCAUAGUUGGAGUACAAAUUUUGUCAAAUAACUGGUUAUAUCGUAAUAAUCAUAGAUUUACAAUAAUAUAGCACAAUACUGAUUGUAAGUAAUUAUCAGCUGUCGGUGUGGAAUUAGAGUAGAUAUAUGUCAAUUGCAAUCAAUAUAUUUCUAUGGUUGCAAUCAUAAAACGCUAUUUUGUUUUAUGCCUUAUACUAUUCAAAAUGUGAAUGAAUGAAUUUUUUGUUGUUGUAUAUUAUUAAAAUUUCAAUUAUUCUGUAAUUAUCCAUAGUUGGAGUAAAAAUUUUGUCAAAUAACUGGUUAAAUCGUAACAAUCAUAGAUUUAGAAUAAUAUAGCACAAUACUAAUUGUAAGCUGUCGGUGCGGAAUCAGAGUAGGUCUAGAGCAGUAUGUCAAUCGCAAUCAAUAUAUUUCUAUGGUUGUAAUCAUAAAACGCUAUUUUGUUUUAUGCCUUAUACUAUUCAAAAUGUGAAUGAAUGAAUUUUUUGUUGUUGUAUAUCAAUUAUUCUUUUGGAUUGGUUUCCUCAAUCUCUAUUU